GCUGGCGGCGCGGAUGGCGCAAGAGAGGGCCGCCCGUAGUCGACGGGGUAGGGACGAUACGUCAGCGUGUCGCGGCGCGGCUCGCUAUCGUACGUAGAAUCACGGACGCAAAUCAAACAUGGCGAUUCGGUCGCUGUUUACGGUGCGAGCAUACGGUUACUAGUGCCGCGGCGUUGGGUGUCAGUACGCGAGAGUGACUCUUUGACGUUGGUACGGGAUCGUGCCAUCGCGUAUUAACGGGCGACGGUGCGUAUUGCGGGUGCGGAGCCGCGCAGGGAGGAAACGACGAUGAAGAAAGCGUCGGGCGGUGGCGUCGGUGAUGGAGCACGCGACGACGCGAAGGGCGUAAAAGACGGGCCAACGCCUGCGACGUCAUUGCCCGCGGUCGCCGAGCGGGUGCCGCGAUCUACCGGCGAGAAUACGGAGCAGAAUGUCGAUUGCUCGAAGAAGCAUGCGAAGACGCUUAUAAAUACCUGUGGAAGAUUGGAAAGCGGUAGCGGUAGCGGCGAUCAGGAUGGCGGCCAGCACGAAGACGGAACGGACAUCGCAGCGAAAAAGAGAAAAACUCGAAGGGGUAAACCCAAGCAUAGGAAACUGAAGCCAUAUUCGAAGCAGUUGUCCUAUCAGCAUCAAUUGCGGAGCAGAUGUAUCGGCAGGAUCGCUAAAACUAGUAGGCAACCUCCAGCCUUAUAUAACACCACGCAAUUUCUUAUGGCUGAUCACAGCGAUCUACCUGAUCUCGAGCAAAAAUUAUCGGAAGCUGCAUCACUAGAAGUACCUGCUAUGUUUCAAAAGCCACCGGCACCAUCGCGUACACGCGACUCCAGUUUCAGCGUAGAUUCUGAUGAGGACUACUUUUACUCAUCUCCGGAAGAUGAAGAGGAAUUUUUAACGAAGGAAUUUUCAACCGCGUAUGAGGCAGUUCACGAAGAGAGAUUGAACAUGUUGACGAAAACCGAAUUGAUACAAGAAUAUAGGCACUUGGAAGCCAAAAUGGAUUCAUUAACAAAGAGAUUACGUAAUAAGAGCAUUCAUCAAAUGGAGGAAAGAGAUUCGGAGAAUAAAAAUGUGUCUAAUACAGAUGCUGAAAUAGCAAAGAAGUUAAAGCUGUGUCAACAGCGGAUCGAUGAUUUGAUACAACAAAACGAGCAGCUAAGACGGGAGAACGAAAUGUUACGUACUGAAAAAAGAUUACACGCGAGCAGCUCUGAGUCUAGUGUCGACAGUGAAAGCGAUAGCGACAGUUCUAGUAAUAGCAACCAAAGUGGAUGUAGCUGCUCUCUUUCGAGUACAGGAACGUCUCCUAAACAUACUUAUAAAUCUAGAUUAGAUAAUAACAUAAGAACAGAUAGCAAAAGCGAUAGCUGCGAUACUAGCCAAAGUGGAAGUCCCAGAACAUCUAUAACGCCUACUAAUUUCUCCAACGGUCAUAUAAUUCUGAAUGAAACUGGUAGUUUACCUACGUAGAUUUCGAAAUUGCUUCUCGAUACAUAUUGAUAUUAUGUUCGAUAUUAUGAAAUUCCAAUGAGGCAGGCCGCAAAUUCGAUAUAUCGAUUCAACAUUUAAAAGAAGCAAAUUCUUCAACAAGUUUUGUUGCGAUCGAACAAUAUUCGAUCUUCUAAUACCUGUUAAAUCUCGUUAGAAUAUCGUUUAAUAAUCCUAUUUGCUGAUUCAUUCUUCUUUCCCUUGAGACUGUGUAUACAUACAGUCAUGUGGAUACAUAUAUGUAUAACAAUAUAAAUAUAGGAUUAAUAUUCUAUAGGAGAGAACUAUUCUUUCGCAUCUGUUUGUGCUAUUUUGUUAUCUGCUUGGCAAAAUAUUUACCAUACCUAUCAUAUAUUUGCUUCUAUCUCUUGUUUACCGUAGUACUGUAUAUGGAUGGAAUUUGUGUUUUUCUGGUUGCUUUUUUUUCUUUCCACGUACUGCCAAUUACGAGAGUUAUGUUUGCAAAUGGACGGUCUACAGACCAUCAACUAACGCAAACCUGUGUACAUAUACGCGGGUAAAGUGAAAAAUACGUCUUUUCCAGACCCAUCAGAGAAGUAUUAUCCAUAAAACAUAAUCUUGUCAAAUGUGAUGACUUAUAUUGUAAGAGAUUAAAAAUCUUUGUACAAUUGUAUAGUUUUAGUAAGUAAGACGAAAUGUUAGUUUAUGGUCUGAAAAUGUAAGAUAAAAAUGUUUUUUGCAUUUUCGAUUUAUAAUAAAUUUUGUUUU